AUGCGGUUGAGAUCGCCUCGUCAGUCCUACAAGCAGCUUCAGAGGGUGGUCACAUCGAGGUUGUGGAGCGAUUGCUUUCUGCGGGAGCCAACGUCAACGCAGACCCAGCUGGAGAUAAUAGGUGGACUGCUCUACAAGCAGCUUCAGGUGGUGGUCACAUCGAGGUCGUGGAGCGAUUGCUUUCUGCGGGAGCCAACGUCAACGCAGACCCUGCUCGAGAUGAUGGGCGGACUGCUCUACAAGCAGCUUCAGAGGGUGGUCACGUCGAGGUCGUGGAGCGAUUGCUUUCUGCAGGAGCCGACGUCAACGCAGAUCCUGCUUGGAAUACUGGGCGGACUGCUCUACAAGCAGCUUCAGGUGGUGGUCACAUCGAGGUCGUGGAGCGAUUGCUUUCUGCGGGAGCCAACGUCAACGCAGACCCUGCUCGAGAUGAUGGGCGGACUGCUCUACAAGCUGCUUCAGAGGGUGGUCACAUCGAGGUCGUAG